AUGGAGGAAAUACUGUUUUCUGAAACGAGGCAGCGGCAGAACGCCGACCAGUCAGCGACAUUUGACUUCGUGAAGUGUAGAGUUCCAGACGCGAUAGCAAGAACCAAGCAGAUCGCUCGUAAAUCCACCGGUGGUAAAGCGCCGAGGAAGCAGCUCGCCACUAAGGCUGCCCGCAAGAGCGCCCCGGCUACCGGCGGUGUGAAGAAACCUCACCGUUACAGGCCAGGUACCGUGGCUCUGCGUGAAAUCCGCCGUUAUCAGAAGUCCACUGAGCUGCUCAUCCGCAAGCUGCCCUUCCAGCGCCUGGUUAGAGAGAUCGCUCAGGACUUUAAGACCGAUCUGCGCUUCCAGAGUUCUGCCGUCAUGGCUCUGCAGGAGGCCAGUGAGGCUUACCUGGUCGGUCUGUUCGAGGACACCAACCUGUGCGCCAUCCAUGCCAAGAGGGUGACCAUCAUGCCUAAGGACAUCCAGCUGGCCCGCCGUAUUCGCGGAGAGCGUGCUUAA